CAUUCAAACUACAGAAGAGAAGAUAAUCUAUUUGCAUUCAAAAAUGCAUUUGUUUCUUAUGGCUGUUGGUCAGAGUUAGUCACUGCAAGUGCAUACAGGUUUCUCUUGACAAAGUGUAGAGUUAAAGUUGCAAAAGGUUAGUCUUGUGAGAAAAACAAAAUAACAGGGCAUGUACCGACAAGAUAAGAGGGCGGGCAGAGAAUGCUACCUGCCAAAAUAUUGACGUUCUGAUUGGCUGAUGACAACGUCACUCAUUUUGAAGUCUUGUUCGCAGCCAGGAAAGCACUUAGCACAAGUUUUGGUACUCAGCCUAGUGAGCCUUCUACCUGGCCAAGGUCUUGUCCGCGGUCCCUAGCCUACAAAAAACAACGCUGGUGACCGGAGAGGUCGUAACUGUUACUGAUCGAUGAUGGCCUCGCAGAAAGGGACGUUUGCUGGCGUUUUACUUUGUCUCUUCGUGUCCAUGACUGUAGCUUUAGAGGUGUCCAUCCCUCAGCGGACCUAUGAGUUCGCCAGGGGAGACAACAUCACUAUACCAUGCAGCUUCAAACCCAAGAGCCCAAUCAACAAGCUGGUCGUCAUAUCCUGGUUGGCUGAAGCAGACAAACCCGGAGAGCCAGAGGUGUCUGUCCUUACCUCCUACUCUACUGGUGAACUGGACAUCAGUGACAGGUAUGAAGGAAGAGCUUCCCUGGAGCAGGACCUAGCUAAAGGAGUAGCCAACCUGAAGCUCUUCUCCAUCGGUCUCCAGGACAACCGAAUAUUCGACUGUCGGGUCGCCAUCCCCAACGAUGACAAGGGUCAGCUGGCUGACACCACCCGUCUGGUGGUCCUGGUGGCUCCCUCUGUGCCUGUCUGUAAGAUCGAUGGGAAGGCAGAGUACUUCCAGGAUAUCAGUCUCACCUGUCAGUCUGAAGAGGGCUCUCCUCUUCCUACCUACAAGUGGCAGGGCUACGACGUCAGAAACAUGCCCCGAGCACCUGCACCCAAGACAACAGACAAGGAUGGUGUCCUGUCUCUCUUCAACCUCACCAUGGAAUCCUCAGGAUACUACGUCUGUACCUCCACUAAUAAGAUCCGCAGUGCCAAAUGCAACCUGACGCUGUCCGUCAUGCCACCGUCUAUGGCCCUGGGUUCAACAGCGGGUAUCAUUGGUGGCGUUGUGGUUGGUGUUCUGGUGCUGCUCAUCAUCCUCAUCUACUGCUGCUGCUGCAGAAAGAAGAAGAACAUAGCAGAGGAGUACGCUAUGGGGGUUCCAGAGGGGGAGGAGUUCCACGACGACAAACCCGUGGUGAAUGGCGAGGUUCGCCAGACGCGCAGCAAGGAAGGCGACGAUGAAGACCACCCACCUAAGAUCGUGGACCGUCGCGACCAGUACAAGGAACGCAGUGAGAAGGACUACGAUGACCGCCGCGAGCACCACGAUGACCGCCGUAGCGACUACGAUGACCGCCGCGAGCACCACGAUGACCGCCGUAGCGACUACGAUGACCGCCGCGAGCACCACGAUGACCGCCGCAGCGACUACGAUGACCGCCGUAGCAACUACGAUGACCGCCGCGAGCACCACGAUGACCGCAGGGACCAGGACGACCGCUACUCUGACCGCCGUGACCGGUACGACCGUGAUCGUGUUUACGAUGAACGCAGUGACGGCGGACGGUACAGUGAUCGUUAUGAUGAGCCCUACGAUGAUCGUGACAGACCUCCCAGUGUACCGGCCAAUAAACCUGCUAAGCCUUCUAAAAAUAGAAUAGAUUAGAACCACUUAAUGUUUACCGCAACUUGUGUUUGGAGUGGUCGAAAAUAUAAUGAAUUUUCUAAACAUAGUAGCUGCUGUAGGUCAGGCUUCACAAAGGGCCCAGCUGCCAGGCUGAACUCGGUCACAUCAAUAACAGGACGACAGUAACACAACAAAAGGCUGUAGGUCAGGGAUCAUCAAAUAGAUUCAGCCGCCGGAUGGUGUUUGUCCUUCAGCAGAACUUCAGGGGACCGGAACAUAAUUAUAAAUCAUUUGUAGACGGCAAAUUGACUGCAAGAAACCCAAACGGAUGUAAUAUUUGACAAAUAUAUAAUAAUUUAGAACCUUGCUUACAUUUGUAUACCCUCACAUAUAUGUCGCUCUUAUGUGUGGGAAUACUUGAACUAAACGACUAGAGGUGGAGCGUAUCACUGUUAUCUAUGUAAAGGCCUUCAAUGUGGAGUACAGCCUAUGAUUGAAGGAAGGGUGGCCUCAAUUCAGUUCAGUAGUCAGGAAGCGAAUUGGAAUGCUGAUUCAAAGAUUUGAAAAGUGCCAUCUAGUAUUUUGAAUUAGGAUUUUUUUAUUUUUUUAUUCUUGAAUCUGAAUUUAAAUUAGCUUUCUGUUACAAACUGCCAUUGCCUGAAUAAGACUGUGUAUGAAUUCUCAGUGCAGCUUAUUGGAAAAUGCAUUUUUCCUCCUGCCUUAUUAUCUACUGUUGGUGUGACAGAAGAGCUUCUCACGUCAGUCUCAGGUCUUGGCUGUUUGAGAACCACAAGCUUUUUGGUGACGGUUUGUUUGUUUUUAUCAACUGUACAUUGAUAAUAACCUCAUAUCAAAUGUUGGAGUUACAUGUAAUAUCAACUGUACAUUGAUAAUACCCUCUAAUAAAUAAAGUUGUUAACCUUUUUAAUAGUUUUCAUGACUUAGA